AAACCAGAAGUAGUCUUGGUGACAAAUACAGUCAGUUUCAUGCUGUCUUUUCCACAGUUCGUUUGCUGUCGAUACCAGAGGUUGUGAUCCUCCACAGUGUGAGUCGGAUCUCCCUGCGGCCGGACGCGCUCCUGUGCAGACAGCGGAGUCCUCUGCUCCUUUAAACCCACUGACGCCUUUAAAAGCUUGAAGAAUGAAAUGCGCCCUGCGUAAAGGUUAAAGAGGGCGCACCACUGCUGGACCCCCCCUCCCGCUGUCCGGCACCCCGGGGUCGCGCUUUGUUUGCAGAGCAGACCCUCCUUUUUCUUUCGCCAAAAAUCCCCAGAAAUCCUGAAAAUGGAUCCUUUAGGAAGUGGGAAUAAUUGUGAAGAUGACUCGCAGUGUGCUGAGGAGGAAGAAGAAGUAGACCCAAGAAUUCAGGGCGAACUGGAGAAGUUAAACCAGUCCACAGAUGACAUUAACCGCUGGGAGAGUGAGCUGGAGGACUGCCGUCAGCGGUUUCGCGCAGUGUUGGUGGAAGCAACGGUGAAGCUGGACGAGCAGGUGAAGAGGAUCGGACGAGCUGUGGAUGACUCCAAGCCGUACUGGGAGGCCCGCAAAGUAGCAAGACAGGCACAGGUUGAAGCUCAAAAGGCCACUCAGGAGUUCCAGCGGGCGGUGGAGAUCCUGCGGGCUGCCAAGGAAACCAUCGCCCUCGCAGAGGAGAGGCUGCUAGAGGAGGACAGCCGCCAGUUUGACUCCGCCUGGCAGGAAAUGCUCAACCAUGCUACACAGAGGGUGAUGGAGGCCGAGCAAGCAAGAACGCGCAGUGAAGCUGAACACAAGAAAACGGCAGCCAACUACAACUCCUGCAUCGGCCAUAUGAGGCAGUUAGAGAAGAAACUCAAGCGCUCCAUCAACAAAUCCAGGCCAUAUUUUGAACUGAAAGCCAAGUACUACUUACAGCUUGAGCAACUAAAGCGUCACGUGGACGAACAUCAGGCCAAACUUGUGGUUGCUAAGGCCGAGUACCGUGCAGCACUACGCAACCUAGAGAGCAUCUCUGAGGAGAUACAUGCCCAGCGACGCUCACUCGCCAUGGGAACCAGGGAGCAGGGUGUUGGUGCGGAGGGAGAUGGAGACAACGAGGACAUUGCCAACUUCAAGAUGGAGUCAGACGGUCUAUCAAUGGUGUCAGUGUCAAUUGACGAAGAGUGCAGUCACAGUUGCACCUCAGAGGAGGAGACCGACACUCACUCCACCUCCUCAGCCCGAGCCACGCCCUCCUCUCCGUCCUCUUCUUCCUCCCAUCCUCCUACAUCUGCCUCCACCCCCCUCGACAUGCCCUGCCCUUACCCUUCCUCCUCCCUCUACACCCCGUACUCCUACAUCUCCACCUCUCCCUCGUCCUCCGUCCUCUCCGCGUCCUGUCCCGGGGGCCUGGAGUUACUGAGCCCCUGCAGCUCUCAUGACCCAGACUCAGUGUGCGGUUCUGGGCAUGCCUCACCUCUCCUGGGCCCUCGCAGCCAGUGCAGUGGAGCUUCCUCUCCAGACUGCGACCAGGAGAGAGGUGACAGAGCAGAGGGAGCAGAGGCCACGCUGGAGGCCGGUCUGAAUAAGCUAACCUUGACUGUUAAAAAUAAACAAGGGGACUCUGAGGAUGAACAAGACCCCCACUACAUUAACCCCGAAAUCUCCUCUCCCAGCACAGCAACUACCGUUCUGCUUCUCAACAGUGUCUAAUGAACGUCUGUCGCACCUAUAACACUCACCCUGCCCAGCUUCAAGUCUCGAACUGGACUCACUGACAGAAGAUGUGGAACAGAGCAGGACGAACUGCUCACUGUAAUCAAUCAAUGAGAGAGAAAGCUGCAUACUCCCAGCUCCAACCGAGCUGCCAUUAUGUCACAAUGUUCAUCAGAUGGUGUCACGAUAAAAGAAGCUAAAUGUAUCAUCAGUAUAUAAUUGUUGAAUGAAUUGUGAAACCAUGUGGAUGUAUUGUAAACAAAUAAGAGCAAGAACAGGAUGGGUGUUGGUCUCUACUUCACACUUUUAUUAGUGCAGGGGUUAUUCAGUAGACUACGUUUCCCAUAAAACCCCAUUCUUUCAUGUUGCAAAACUGAUUAUAAAUAAUAAAAGAUAAAAGAAAUUUCCUCUUGUGAUGUACAGCGAUGCGGCAAAUCUCCUGUCCAUAUCGUAGAGGCCGCCAGUCCUCUCGUCAGUGGUGUAGCUUUAUAGUGAUGUGUCGAAGUUCAUGUGGUUAACUUUUUAUUGAUGUAACAAAAUGCUGCACUCGGCACCACUAAGAGACAUUUUGUAUUAAUGUGAACAGUGAGCUUAUUUCUCGGCUCUGAAUCUCCACGUGAGGAAGCAAGUGGGACAAAAAAACAAGCCGCCUCAUGUUGGAUUAUCUCUCUUUUUUUCUGCCUUGAUUUUUGAACUCCUCUUGUAACUCUUGUCAGUUUGAAAUGUAGGAUGUGGAGGCUAUUUUUGAGGAAUAGUUGUCAAGGAAGAAACUAGAGUGCAAGCAGAACUCUAAGCACUAAACUAUAAAGACUUGAGAUGGGACUGAACCUUUUGAAACACAGAUGGUCUUCCAUUGAUACUUGUGAAUGAGUGAGUAAAUGUAUUCUCGCCGUCUGUGGUGAUUUGUACGUGUGCGUGAGUGAAAGAUUUUUUUUGAGUGUGUCUGUUGUGUUUUUGAUAAAUGUUCAAAUACUACCCUGUAGUACAGAUAUUCUAUAUUUAUACUCCUGUAUUCUUGUAUAUGAACUAUGUUUUAUGGUUCCUGUUGUCACCGUUUUAACACAGAAUAAGCAAUAAACAUGUGCUUCAUGUAAAGCAUCAGUGUCC